UCAAACAUCAGCCAGAUUGCCUCUUCAGUAACAUCUAGGAACUGUUGUAGUGAAGACCUGUUCUCCUUCCUCUGCCCAGGUUAAUUUAAUUAAUUACGUGAUGGAAUCGUGUCGUUCUGUUAAUUACUCGGAUAAUCAAUUAAUCCCUCCGUGUCACCUCCCCAUUUAUUCCACUCUAGGACACCUCAUUAAAAUUAUAGAAAAACUUAAGAAUCGAGACUAUGCCGUGCCAGACAUAAAUGAUGAUUCUAGGUGGCUAGAAUGUGAUAGGGGCUGGGAACCAAUGGAGGGAACUGGUGGGACCAGUCAAUCCAGACAAUUGUCUACUGUGGUAGGUACACUGGAAAUGGAGCUCAGAAAACUACAACAGUCCAAUGAGAGUCUGGCACAGGAGAACAUUAGUCAGCACCACAAUAUAAAGGCCUUGGAACAGAAACUGAAACCACUCAACGAGAAGAACAGGAGGUUUCUGGAAAAGAAUAUGGAGCUGACGAACAUUAACCGCAGUCUGAAGGACCAGCUGCAAAAUACAGUAGAGGAACAUAAGAAAACGAAGGACCAAUGUGACCAGAAUAAGAAGAGAAUAAAACAGCUGAUUCAGCAGCUUUCUCAGGAGAAAUUGGAGAAGGGAACACUAGAGCUACAAACCCAGCACUGUGUGGAGCUGAAACGGAAGUGUGCUGACCAAGAGAAGGCCCUGGAGGCUCUAAAACUUAGUGUACAGGAGAAAGACAGAAGAAUAGGGUUAGUGCAGCACAGAAAGAGGAAGAAAAAAGUCGUCAGGCCUCAAGAUAAGGGGGUGAAGGAGACAUUUUAUGGUUAUGAUGAAGAGGACACUUCUCUGAGCUCGGACAUUUCAUUGUCUCUGUCCACGGGGACUCUGUCGGAUGAGGAGCUGUGCGAGGAGUUAUCACGAUCGGAAAUAGAACAGAAUUAUCAGAAGCUGAUGAAGGAACACCUAGACCUCCAGAGACUGCAUGCCUUGUUGACCUCUAAGAGCGGAACUCACCUUGACCCAGAAAGAGAAAUCAGAUUGAGGGUUGAUCUUGAAACCAACCUUUUCCAGUCCCAGCGUCAACUGGAGAAGCUGACAGAAGAACUGACAAUCUCACAGAAGAAGCUGACAAUACUAGAGACCAGUAGAAAUGAGUUACUGGAGAAAAAUAACAAGCUAAAUGAAAAGCUGACAAAGAUGGAGGAGACCUGCAGCGACCUGAGACAGAAACUGGAGGAGUCCGGAGAUCUCGUGGAGACUCUGGAAUUCCAAGUCAUGGAAUAUCAGACAAUUCAUGUAGGAGCUCUUGAGACCAUCCCUGAAGAUCCGGCUGAAGCUUUUGAGACUAUCCCUGGGCAUUCCACAGAAAUGAACAAGGCAGGGCAUGGCUCCAGGAAGGCUGCAGCUGGGCCUGAAUUCGACCAAUAUGUCGAGUCCCUGGAGUCUUCAGUUCGUGACCUUCAGUCUAAAGUCAGUCGUCUUCAGCAGGAGAAUGCUGCCCUGAAGGAAUGCCCCAUCAGUGCCUCACCCUCACUGGAGGAGAGGGAAGCCCAGGAGGUCAUGACCCUGAAGGACACUCACACUCCAAAUUCACACUCACCCGAACAUCUACUCACUACUCGGUCAUCUCAAACUCAACCGUCAGAUUUCCCAAGAUCUCGCAGUGAAGACCUUCAUUCGGGUAAUACCAGUAAACAAACUUGCCCGAUUGAAAUUGCAAAACCUGACAUUGAUCAAAUUAGUAUUGUGAAUGUCGAUCCUCCAAUUCAAGCCGCAGAAAUUGCAAUUCCUCUAGAGGAGCCAGACAGUGCCGGAGAGACGAACGAAGACAGAUCCGAUGUCACCGAGGACUCAUAUGAGAGUCUAGAGAUGAGUCAAAUUGCUCACAUGAGUCCAGGUCAUGAUGUAAUGGCUUGCUCAGCUGAGAUCGUAGCUCUGAGACAUGAUUUAAAUCAGUCUCAGGAGGAGGUUUUAGGUUUGAGAACGCAGCUUGAGGAGAAAAUGUCCUUGAAGGCUGAUCUGUUGGAUGAGAGUGCUGAUUUGUACGAGUUGAGAUUAGAGGAAAUGAAACAUGUUUGUGUUACACUUCAAGACCGAGUGUACCAAGCAGAAACAGCGGAAAAACAACUCCGAGAAAAACUCAAACUUGCUGAGUACACAAUCAAUGAUCUCGAGAGCAGUGAAAACAGUGCUCGAGAAAAUCUUGAUGUGUUUAGAAAGUCAGAAAUGGAGUAUAAGAAAUCGCUGAGCAGCUGCCAGCAAAGAAUACACGAGCUCAAAGAGAUCAUCUUGGAUAAAGACAUCAGCGAGAACAAUCUCGCGGAUAAGGUGCAGUAUCUGGAAAAAGCUGAAGAGAUAGCUUCACAGAAAAUCACAGAUCUUGAGAUGCAGAAUCAGUUACUGGACCAGCGGCUCAAGCUGAAGGAGGAACUGGAAACUGACAUCAUGCUUGUCGAGACGCUGAAGGAGCAACUGAAAGAUCUGGAGGCUGAAAAUAAGGAACUCUCUGCUAAAGUUGCAGAGCUGGAAGAAAAUGAAGAAAUUCUCAAGAUCAACUGGAUGAAGGUUGCUGAGAAUGACUCCGGGAGGAUUCAGAGUUUGGAAGAAAAGGUGACUAAUCUGGAGGUACUGAACAUAGAUCUCAGAAAGAGGUUACGGGAACAGAGAGAGAAAUCGGACCCGCCCAACACCCCAUCGCUGGCGUCCGAACUGUCAGCGAGCGAGAGGGAGGAUGGUUCACUUCAGGAACAAGUCAGAUUACUACAGAUAGAACUCACCGAAACAGAGGAGAAAAAGAAUAACCAGAUCGAGAAACUACAGGAUAAAAUCGCCACUCUGAGGGAAAACGAGAUAAAACUGAGCGAGACCCUGGUUGAAAUGGAACAGAUGGAGAGAGAACUCCGACAAAGAAUGGCCAUGUAUGAACAGUCAUCAUCGUUUGACAAAAUAAAGCAGUAUGAAGGGAAAAUCCGAGAAAUGCAUCGAUCACGUGAGGACCUGCUGGACAGAAUGGACUCCAUGGAGGAACAUGAAGGAGAUUUGAAAAAGAGGCUGAAAGAGAUGGAAGAGCAGCAUGAGUGGAAGGUGAAUCAGUUUGAGAGGAAAGUGGAUCUGAUGGAGAGAGAGAUUGCACAAUAUAUUCAACAAGAGGAAGAGAUGACAUCGAGGAUCAUGGAGAUGGAGAAGCAGGAGGACGAACUGAUGGAGAAGGUCAACAAAUUGGAACUACAGUUAGAGGAGUCCGAGAAUGCGAGGGAGGAUUCGGAGCACGGGGAUCAGAGGUUAUCAGAGGAAAUGCAGGGACUGCAGAAAGAAAACAGUGAUCUGCAGGAGAAUCUGGAAAAUGUUAGCGAAGAGCUGGAGCAAAUCCGGAUUGAAAACAAUGAUCUCAACGAGAGGCUGAUUGAGUUAGAUUCGUAUGAACAAGAAUGUGAGGAGAAGAUGAAAGAAGUGGAAAGCAAAGCUAGUCUACUAGAGGACACAAAUUGUAAACUGAUGGAUCGCAUUACAGAGUUGGAAAGUGUGGAAAUAGAACUACGCAGCAAACUAGCAAAUUCAUCUGUGAAUGUUAAAUCUGAGUUAACUAGUUAUUCUGGUGUGGAUGAAAGUACAGAUACUGAUGAUUUAAAUGUUCCAACUGGCAGAAAACUCACAGGAAUGUUUGAGCGUCUCCAGGACUUAGAAUCUGAAAAUCAGAAUUACGUAGACCAACUCUGUAAUCUUCAAGGUGCAGAUGUUCUUAAUAAGAAACUCAACGAAAAAGUGAAACUGUUGGAAGAUUCGGAGGAGAAGCUGAUGGAGCGAGUGAUGGAACUGGAGGACCGGGAAGAUUUCCUGAAGAAAGAAAAUCAAAAACUACGAAAUUCUGUGACAUUAACAGAAGUUCCAGAUAUUCUAAUGGAAGUGUCAGAUCUGAGGGAAACAGUCGAAUUAUUAAAAAGGAAUUUAGAAAUGUUACGUAGUGAAAAUGAAGACUAUCAGGAAAAGAUAAGUGAAGCAGAGAAAACCAUUCAGAGUCUGCAGGGAGAACUCAGUGUGCAGAAAACAGAAAUGGAAAUCUCUGAGGCAAAAAUGACGGAAUUACAAACAUCCUUGAAGGAUGUAGAGGACAGUCUUCUGAAAGAAAAGCAAUGUGUUCAGAUUUUACAAGAUUCUGAGAAGAAUUUGUCGGUGAAAUUAGAUCAGGAAAGUUCACAUUCUGAGACACUAGAAACAGAACUUUCAGAGACAACAAAGAAAUUGAAGAUAAUGGAAAUGGAACAUGACACUAAAAUUUCAGAACUCAACGAAACUCUUGCUAGUCAACUGAACACUGUGUCAGAUUUGGAAAUUUCACUUUCUUAUUUCAAGCACAAUGAAAAAGAACACACUAAAAAAAUUUCAGAAUUAACAGAAGAAAAUAAUGCUUUGAUUAAACUAGUUAAAGUGAAGAAGGUUCGUGUGAAUAGCAACUCUGAAAGUGAAAGCGAAAAUACAGUUCUUCAGGAUUGUAAAAAUCAAAUGAAUUCAGAUCAAAAUGCAACACCCAUAAGUGCUCAAUCAACCCCUAUUAAAUCACAAAUAGACCCUUGUGCCAAAGCUGAAUUAAUUGGUGAUAUUUCAAAUAUAGUGGAUUCAGCCGAGGAAAAGAAAUGUGCCAACUGUGUUACGUUAAAUCAAAAACUAAGCGAACAAUCCAAACUACAUUCUGCUCUCCGGGAAUCUCUCACAGCGCUGGAAAAAGAAAUGAAGGAGAAAGAAAGGACUUGGAAAACUCUGUGUUCCAAAUGCCAAGGUGUGCUUAGUGACAUCUCCCCGACAGUGUUGUCCGAAACAGACAGUUUCUUUGGAUUAAACAAAACAGAAGAGUUCACCAAGAAAAUGCAGACUUUACAGGAAGGGUGUGAUGAAUUAACGUUGCAAGUGCGCGAAAAAAUGCUCAACUGUCGAGUGAAAGAGCUAGAGGAUGAAUUAGAGGAGUUCCGAAGAGUUCUACAGGAUAUUGUGCUGGAUAUUCAGAUCCGUUUCCAUGACGAAAUACAGGAGGUCAUUGAUGAGGUGCCUUGCACGUUUGAGCUCCCAGCAGGUAUGCCGGUGGUUUUGAACCCAGAGCUAGGAAAUGUCUUCAAGAAUCUGGUCCAUUGUGUUGCCUGCCUUACCAAGACUAAGGAUAGAUUCAGUGGUGGAAUUUCUACAAGGAAAACAGAAGUCGAGGAACUGAGUGAAAAAUCCCUUAAACAACAAGUCCAGGAGCUUCAGGAACGACUAGCCAAUAAUAACAAUGCUGGAGAAGUCCGGGAAAAUCCGGCUGAGCUGCUGACUAAGAUUGCUGAUCUGGAAGCCAUGAACAAAGAACUGGAGGAUCGCUUAGAAUCCACCCGACACGUCAAGUCGGAGUGGGAGCUGGAGAGUCCGGAAGAUGUGUUCCGUCAGAGAAUCUCAGAGCUGGAGAGGCUGGAGAAACACCUUAAACACCAAGUUUCUGAUUUGGAAAAAGACAGAGAAGAAUUACAUGAAAUUGCGAGGAGAGACAAAAAUACAAUCCAUGAACAAAACAUCCGCAUUCGUGAACUGCAGCUGUCGGAGAAGAACAUGAAAGAACAGCUGAACCGAUUGGAUGCAUCCGAGCAGAGUCUUUUCAACAAAGUGGAGGAGCUGGAAGACCAAAUAAGCAAAAUGGAGGAUCGGAUAUCUGAACUUACGAUAAUGGAAAUGAGAUUGAAGGAACUUGUUCGGAAAUAUAAACUUGAUGAGGAGGUGUGGCUAUCAAAGUCGGCAAAUUUAAACGAGACUUUGUCAGAGCUUUCAACAUCCGAGGCCCAACUUAGGCAGCAACUUGAAAAUGUGGAAAAAGAGAAAUUGAAUUUGUCUGAGAAAUCUGAGUACUUGGAGGAGAGACUGAAGGAGGUGGAAAAAGCAGAGAUGAACUUACUUCAGAGGACAAAAGACCAGGAAAACCGAGAGAUCAGUCUCAACAGGAAGUUGUCAGAAAUGCAGAUGGUGGGUUCCAAUGCGGAAAAAGAACUGGCAGGGUUACACAAUGCUAAUAUUGAGCUCUCCCAGCAGCUGAAUCACAUGAUGCAGGAGAAUGUGGCCAUUUCACAUCACAUGACACAACUUCAAAAUCAAAUAGCUGCUCUGGAUCAGCAAAAUGUUUCACUUCAUUCAGACUUGGAGAAGGUUAGCAAAGAGAAUAAUUCACUCCAGUCUUCAGGAAAAUCUUUGGACAAAGAGCUAGAAAACAGUAAGAUUAAGGAAGUGGGACUGGAGGGAAAACUUCGACAGAAGGAGGAAUCCGAGGAGCUGCUGAAGGAAAAGAUCGGAAAUCUACAGAGAAAUGAGAACCGAUUGAAGUACCGCAUCCAGCAGCUGGAGUCUGGAUCACAGAUGCCUGCCGAUUUGAGUCCUCUGCAGCGAGAAAAACUACCUCGCAAGUUAGAGGACUGUCAGAGGAGGAUUGUGGUCCUUCAGAAUCAGAAUGAACAACUUGGUAAUAAAUUACACGAGUAUCAAAAUCCCGAGGCCAAUGUUGUGAGAAUUCCCAGCGCAGAACUGCAGAGACUGAAGAGCAGGGAUGUAUUGAUGGAUCAGAAUGAGGCUGAGCUUCACGAAAUCGGAAAGCUCAACUCCCACCUACAGAGGACUGUGGAGCAACUGAGGAACGGAAAGGAUGCAUGUGGCCAUGAAGUUGAAGUGGAGACUUUGAAAAAUAGACUUCAAAAGAGCAGCAAAACAAUCUUGUUGCUGAGGACACUUCUAGAGGAGGGGCAGAUUUCUGAGGGGCGUGAUAUUAAUGAAGAAAUACUCAAAGACCUGAAUGUCCCCUCUCAUGCAAGAAGAGAGGGAACAGGUCGCCUGGCAGAGAGAAGGGUUAGAGAUCAAAGGUCAAAUCAGUCCAACCUUAUUGGACACCCUGUACCGGAGCUGGCAGAUCAGCUGAUGAGCUUGGACAAGAGCAGAGAACUCUUGUAUGAUCAGUCUGAUGCCAGCCUCAUGAAGACAGAAGUAAUUCCUAAGGUGGAAAGGAGCGAGGCGAAUUUAUUGGUCACUGAUAAUGGUCACGUGAUAAUGGACCUUUAUAAGGAUGUACAGGGUUUACGAGAGAAAAAUCCCUACAGCUUGAUAUCAAAUGAGGAUCGGCAACGUAGGGUUGAUGACUUUAUCAGCCGUCUAGAAAAGGACGAGCUGUUUUUACCCCAGGAAGAAGCUCACUGGCGGCAAGUGGAGUCCCGAGUUUCCCAUGCCGCCACCGAGGAGCGAUGGAUCCAUGUCGGGAAAGCCACCAGUUUACAUUCCAGUGUACCAAACCGGUCCCACCAAACCAGCAAUGAGGAGCUGGUACUGGGAUUGACCCUCCCAUCAGAAUCGGAGAGUCAGCAAUUAACACAGAAUGACACAGAUUCCAGCGGAAAUAGUCCCGCCACAAAACGAAGAAAAUUUCGUCCGGUCAACGGAACAGAGCCCCACAUGACCCCAUCCUCAACUCAUGGCACAAAUAAUUUCGAAGCCCCUCAUUACCUGAUGCCCAUCGAUCAUGACAACAUGGACAGGGAGGGGGCAGAACCCAAUAUGUCGUACAUGACAGAGGAGUACAGAUUAAUGUCUCCUCCAAUCAGGACAGAGAGUCUACCGGAUAGUGGGCACGGAACCACCUCUGUCGCCUCCACCGGCAAAUCACAGCUUUCUCUCAAAGAGAAAAUUGCAGAGAUUGGAAAAUCAUUACAGAAACGCCCUCUGUCUGGAUUCAGCGACUCGGAUGAUUCGGAUUCCUUGCUACUGUGGAAAUCCAAGGCAAGUGAUUCCUUUCGAAGAUUAGAAGAUGCUGAGAAAGAAUCCAAAUAUUUCAAAGAGGAGAUAAAUAAAUUAGAGCAGGAAGUAGAAUCAAAGACUAGAUAUAUCCUUAUCUUAGAGGACUUCAUAGAAAAAUUAAAAGCCCUGCUGGAUCUUAAGGAUUCUAAAUCUGACAGGGAGUUGGUUCAGAUCCUAGAGGCAGAACUGGUCAAGACAAUGGAGGAACUUCAAGAUUCUGGGUGUGAAAGGCAGGAUUUGAACCGGGAUCCAGUGGCACUAAACACCGAACUAGCAAAGAAGAACCGGGAACUUACAGCAAAGAGAAAUGAGGUGGACAGCUUGAUGCGAGAACUUCGUCAGUGGCAGGAUGAGUGUCGCCUGGUGGAGGACAUGCGUACUAAUGCUCUGGAUGCGCUACGAUGCCUGGAAAUUGAGGUGUCAGAUCUACACAAUACAGAGAAAGACCUCAGGGUCUCCAAGGAUGCCUAUAACAGGCUGCAGGAACAGUUCGGUAACAUGCAGAUACACCUCCGAAACGUAAAACUUCUAAAAAUAGAGAGGGACGACCUAAAAGACCAAAUACAACGACUGGAAAAGGAGGUCAUGAUUGCGGCCGAAUUACAGAGUGAAAUCGAUAUUUCUGAAGGCAAACUCGAUCAUAUGGCUAGUGUUCUACAAACUAGGACAGAAAAAAUAAAAUCUUUAAUUGAUGAGAUUUCGUCUUACAAAUCCAAAAUUGUCUCCCUGGAGAGUGAAAAUGCAAACCUGCACAAAGCCAUAGGCAGCCUUCAAGGGUUGCGUUCCAGGUGCUGUGAUCUAGAGACAAAGAAUGACCAUGUCCUACUCUCAAUGGCUCCAUUGAAAACCAAGCUUGCCAGACUGGUACAGAAAUGUAGAGAAAAGGACCACCUCCUGAGAAGGUUAGGGGCAGAGCUGAGAAAACUGAAGAAAGGCGGCGGGGCAGGGGCACUUCUCCAGGAAUUGGCCCUGAUGGAACAAAGAAUGCCCUCUGAAGAGUACAAUACUCUGGAGGAAGAAUCGCACCAGCAAGAAAAUAACCUGAGCAGACAUUCGGUGUCCAUGAUUGACCUUCAGAGGUCACGCUCCAAUUCAUCGGUCAGUGACAACCAGGACUUUGUUGCCCACAGUGACACAGAGAUGGUGACUCAAGUUGCUCGGCGAUCAAACCACUCCACAGAAAGACGGCAAAGGUUACUGCCACCGUCCCACAAGACCCCACUAUUACCGCACAUUCUUGGAGGUCAAAAGUUGCUCAGUUACGGCUCACCAAACGAGUCUCUGCCUGUAGGUCACAUGCCGCCAGAUCCGCUAUUCAUUGCCGUGGCGGAUUACGAUCCUCAGAAAUUCUCCAGAAGUCAACGUCCAUCUGAAGAAUUGAGGCUGAGAGAAUGGGACAGAGUGAAAGUAAUAGGAUCCCUGGAUGACACGGGUUAUUAUUUGGCAGAGGUCGGAGGUCAAACAGGACUGGUUCCAGCAGCCUACUUGCGUCCAGCUAGCCUAGCUGACCAAAGGAAUGGACGCUGGAAAGGUAUCAUGGGACAGAAACUGCCAGAAUAUCUAGAUGCUAGUCCAGAAAGAAUUGUACAGACACAUUUCCAGCUUCAGCAGUUGCACACCCCAAACAGAAGUGGUGCCCCUCUGUCUCCGAGAAUGAAUGGACAUCAUCCAGAAUUAUCUCCCCUUUCUCUUAGAAAUUCUACCACCUUGUCUAGGACAUCUAAUUACCCAGAAUCACCCAAAGACUUCUGGGUCGAAAAGGUCAUCAAUCAAAGCACCCUAAUGUUAGCCUGGACACCACCUAAAUUCACCAACAACAGUCACAGUCGGGGGGUUAAGUGUACUGGCUACAAAAUCUACUUAAAUGGACGACUACAUCAGCAAGCAAGCAGUCCUCACAUUGCGAAAACCAUCGUUAAGAAUGUGGACACGCGCCAGCGUCAGGCAUUCAGUAUACAAACUCUGGGGUCUGGGGGGCAGUGCUCGGAUUUCGUGGAAACACUUCACAAUGGCUCAAUAACGAGCGAUCUGGAGAGCCGUGAAGAAAGUCUGUCUGCUAUCAAGAACCAUGAGGUGUAUUCUACCUCACAUAAACGCAUGUUUGUUGGUGUGUACGACUUUGUCCCAUCUCCUGGUAAACAUGGCCGCCUUGAGCUUCCGUUCCAGGCAGGGGAGAGAAUCCUAGUGUAUGGGGAGGAGAGAGUGGAUGGAUUUUAUUACGGAGAGAUCCAUGGUCGUCGAGGACUUGUGCCCGGUUUCUUCAUUGAGGCGGUUCCUGAACACCGCUAGGGCUGAAUAAUCAGUAAAUCACUGCCAAAAGGUUGUGACCACCAUUACUAUGCAACGAUCAACUGUGAUUCAUCUCGAAAUAUACACAUACUGACCACAUCAUCAUAGAUCAGGAACAUCUCAUCACACAGUUCAUUAGUGGUGGAUCUAGAGGAAGGGAAGGGGUGUGCAAACCUUCAUUGGUUGGAAACUUUUAAUGAUUUCACAUGUCGUGCCAUUUUGGAGUGUGUUACCUCCUGAGAAAGUAACCCCCCCCCCCUUUCAAGAUGAUCUGGAUCUGCCCAUCUUCAUAAACUGUGGACAAGACUAAUUUAUCAUCGAUAAUGUUGAAACAUACAACCUGUAGGGCAUUAACUGAAGUCAUCUUUUAUUUUUGGAUACCAGAUUGCAAUGAAUUCAUUUUAUAUUUUCAUCCAUCAAUAUUUUGUUUACACUGUCUAGAGAUGUCAUUAAAGCACGUUAAAUGUUGCACAGGAUGAAUUGGUGCACAAUUUCCCUAUUAUUUUCAACAGCGCUAACAAUUGUCUUCCAUUUGUUGCACAUUUUGUAUUAAUCAAUGUCAAAACCAAGUAUAUUUAUAAUGUAUGAUAAAAUUGGACGUUCACCUAUUUAAGAUCUGUCUCGUACAGAACUGUUUCAUCUCCAUGUUUUCACAAUGCAUUUAAAAUUCCGUUGUACAUGUAUAUACUAAGUCACAAUACAUUAAACAGUAAAACAUGCUUAUAACGAACGGUCUGGAACAGCUAAUUAAGGAACAGUUUGGAACAGCUAAUUUUGCUUGAAAAUAAGCUUACUUUGUUAUAUUCAUUUAUUCUUUUAAUUAUUUUACUUAAAUUGCCACACGGAAUGAAAAUCGCUUUUUUAAAAGCGUGAUUUCAUUUUACGGGUUCGUUGUAGGCAUGUUUUACGGGAACACCGAUUUCUGAAGGCAAUAUUCUACAACUGUCACAUUUACUUCUAAAUAGGAUGUGGAGAUUGUCACCCCCAGGAGUUAAUACCAGCAGGGCUAUAGUAUGAGUCCUUAUACAAGGCAUUUAUUUAUUGUUUGUUAUUUUUAUAAAUGAUAUUAAAUGAUUAUUUGAUAUA